CGAAGGCGAAAGUCAAUCGUGAAUGUUUAGAUUAAACAUACUAGUUAUCGACUAUGCUUGCUCAUGAGUUAAUAUACGCUCAAAUAGAGCCAUCUUUCCGCAUUUUUGAGAGAUUCAAAAGUUGGGAAAAGGAAUCUAAAGUAAACAGCCUUACUGAUAAUACUACGGUCUGUUGUGAGCUAAUUGAAGCUAAUGCUAGUUUGCAGCAUGAAUUGUUCAAAAUUUUAAGGUUGUUCGUGACACAAGGUUAGCUCAUUUUUCCUUUAGUGUAACUAGUGACCAAUAUUUCUUGGUGCUCUAUCCAACUUAUGUUUGAUUUUUAUGCUCUCCCUGAUGAUAUUUCAUGAAGCCAAUGUAAGACGCGUUGUACCUGGAUAAUCUGUAUAAAUGAUACAGAUUAAGGGUUCAUAGAACUCGUAGCCUUUGUACAGAAAGUAACAAAGUAUUUCCUGAAGCCUUUGUUGAGGAAACAAUUAAAAAGUCUUAUCGGUCACCGGUAAUGAUUUCAGAAAAUAACUUCCGUCAAAAUCAGAGGGACUUACAUUCAUGUACCAAUAUACAUCCGACGGCAAAAGAUUAUCGUGAUAAUUUGGAUUAUUCGAAAAGCUUACCAAGUUUAGAAAAUGAGAUUUUAGAACGCUUAAUACAAAGUCAAAUUCAAUGUGAUAGAUUAACCAAUCAACUAAAAGCUCAAAGUAUGGAAUUUAUUCAACCUAAUAUAGAAAAUAAAUCAACUUACUCUACUCAAAAGCGACCCAGAGCUAUGGUAGAUGCUGAAAGCAUAGUGGCUUCUCCUGUAUCGGAAUACGAUCUUAAUAAACAAGUAAAUGAACGAUGUGAUGAUGAUAUUUAUCCUCAGGAAAGUGAUAAUUCUUUCAUUUCUAAUGAUCAUCUGGUGAAAUUUGUUGAAGAUAAAAAUGCUACAAGUCAUCUUCAAAGUUGGCUUUCUCCUUUGGUUAGCCGAUAUAAUGAUCUAUUCACGAAUUUACGAGUGUCGUGUAUGGAUCAUCUACAAUCAUUAGGUCAAUCUGAUUGUGCAAGGAAUCAACGCUUGAUUUUUCACGCGGUUCAAGCCGGCUUCACUGUCACCAGCCAUGUGAUCCAUCGUCUUCCUAGUUACACUCAAAAAGAAAAUUAUGUGUCAAGGAAUGUUGGUGAGCGACAAUUCUCCGCAUCAGACAUAUCGCUCAAUGCUGAUCAAUUAGAUAAACUUGUAGCCGCAACAUUCAGGCGUCUUUCACGUCACGCUCCACCAGAAUGCGCAUGUCAUACUUCAAUUACUUCGAUGAGUGGGACAAAUAUUAAACGGCCUAUUUCCAUAAGACGACCUGUGACAUCUCAGGAACUGACUGCUUUAGAUAACCUUCUAAAGGAAGUUUGUUGUCUUGCUUGGCACCUACUGGCUGGAAAAAAGAGUCCACAACUAGAUAUUGAAUCAGAUGGAGUUCAAUCUACUUGGUAUGCAGAUGUGGAUAAAGCUGCCAAACCUGGUGAUCCAUACAAUGACAAAUGUUAUCGAAGAAGCUAUGAUUCGGACCCAUCUGCUGGUCAAGUUCACCAUUACAUUUGGCCAUGUUUAAUUUUAUAUAAUCAAAGACCUACUGAAAUUCAACAGCGAUUUCAAUCAACAAAAAUGGAUAAGACUAAUAGAUGUAAAUCGGUUAAAGCAUGUAUUUUGGUGAAAGGAGAAGCAUGUACACGUAAUCCAAUAUAUGCAGCAUCGCAAAAAGAUAAAGCUGCUGCUUUAUUAAAUCAUGAAUAUUCUUGUCAGAAUGUGUGUAGAUGCAUGUCACCGCAGAAAUAUGGUAGAUCAAGAUCAGCAUCAAUUCGGAGAGUCUAGCAAAUAUUGCUUUGCUUUUAGAAAGAAACAUAGUGUUGACAAUUUAUUCAGAAAGCUUUGUUUAUUCAGUAAAAAAAAUUCGGAAUGGUCUGCAUCAAUUAAUCCUUAUAGUUAUUCUGCAACAAAUCAAUUAGCUGUUGAAUUUAUAACUUUUUAUGUCUUUUAUGAUCAUUAUUAUUAUUAAUGUAGUAGUAUUGACUGUGUUUAUAAUUUAAGAAAACCAUGACGAAUUUUGUACAAAACAGUUAUUUCGCAUAGAUUUUUAAAUAAAAUUUCUAUUUUAUAAGUUUUUUGAUUUCUUUUUUGUUCAUUGUGUGGAACAAGUUAUAUUGGCAGGUAUUCUAGGAAUUUGUAUGUUCAUGCUCUCGAACAUCUUCUAG